UCACAGUCCGAGUGCGUUGCUUGGAUACGAAGAGGCGUCUAUCGAAGCGCGACUGCAAGGAAGGAGAGCAAAGUUUUUGCAAAUGGCUAAUGAAGUCAGUAGCGCACCCCUAGACAUGAUCGGACCAGUCGUUCCUGGACGCUGGAACUGGAUUGAAGAUACACACUCUCUGGAAUUCUUUAGUUUCAGCUCAUCAGUAGAAUCUAAAGAUAAAAGAAAGAAGAGCAACAAAACUAUCAAUUUUCAGGACUUUGGCAGUAAGCAUUCAGACAGAUUGCCAUCUGCCCCGGCUAGAGGCACCAAUGAUGCAAAGACCACUGCAGAUAAAAAAAAAAAUCAGAAAGCCGAAUCGGGCUCACCAAAGCCCGCUCUGAAGCGGGGUCACCAUGAGACAGUCACCCUGGAAGAUGUUAAAGCUGUGGCUCUUGGCUUGCUGAAAGAAAAUGAAAACCAGCCUAUCGCCUCCUGGUUUAUGGCUUUAAUAAGGAGUCCGCAACUGAAUGACUUCUUGUCUGCCCUUCUUUUAUAUUUAUCCUUCUACUUUGAGGAGAAAGCUGUGAUAAAGAAAUGGGCAUCCCUGCUCCUCCGGGAGCCAAGUUUGCAAGAUAAAAGAGACUUAGCUCUUCUGCAUGCAAAGGUCGAAGCGGCCCGUAAGCAGUUUGCAUUGACGUACUCCAUCCUUGUGCUUGGGCUGGGGAUUGAGGAACAGCAUCAUUUAGCAUGUGGGAAGAAAAGAGGUUCAUCCACUUGCAAAGACAGGCUGUUAUUUGAAUGCAUCUACGACUACUGUGCCUAUGUGGCCUGGGUGACGUUUAGACGGAAGGACCUGCCAGGCAUUCAGGAGGAAGUCUACAGACUUUUUCGCACAGAUAACUUCAAUGCUAUAAGGCGAGUGAGGAUAGAAGAGAAAUCUAAAGCAAAAGUUGUAUCCAAAGGUGGCAGAGCUUCUCCUAGUAAUGUGAGGAGGAGCCUUCCCAAGCGGCCAUCGAUAAAGAGCAUUAUUCACCAGAGAUCCCCAGCAAUGGUGUCUCUUCUGCCUUCUCCUAAAGAAAGUGCACUACAUUUGUAUAAACAGCGUCAUCUUUCCCAAGAAGGCAGCACAGAUGUUUUUGACUUGGAUGCUUUCUCAGAGGAGCUCACUGCAGCUUUAUCUUCAAAGAUUGGAAUCAUUGGAGAGCCUCUCCGACAUUUUAACCCACAGACCCUGAUACCUCGUGAUGCAGAGCGUGAAGAAGAAAAUGAAGAGACUGAGACUGAAGAGAAGGGAACCGAUGAAAAUAUGAGAAAGAGUAAAACAUCAUUUGCAUCGAGGGGCCAAUUGUCUGGUCUACAUGAGUCAAAUGGCAACAUGAGUCGACCAGUGACGGUCAUUUCAAGAGCUACCACAGAGGGCGUUUAUUCUGAUACAGAAUAAAAGGGUUCAAUGUGAAAACCUGUUUAUUAUAUUCAUCAUUAUUAUGCUAAAUUAUAUGUUACUUCACCAAAACUGUGAUUUUAACUGUUAAGAGCAUAGGACGUCCAGCAUGUGGAACUUUACUAAUUAAUAAUUAUAAUAUUCACCAGGAUCAAUUAAACUAAAUCAUACAUUUACUGGGUAAUUAUGUAAGCAGAGAAAGAUUUCUAUGAAAAAAGUUAUGCAUUUCUUAUGUCAAAACAAGUCGGUACACAAGUGUUUGCCAAACUCAAAGCUAUGACUGCAUUUGCGAAGAUUUGCUAGGCUCAGUACUGUUGGUGCUGCACAGAGUCUGCAAAGAUUUUUAUGCAGGAACAACGUGGAACACUGAAGUACCUCUUAGGGUUGGAUAGUUAAUGACAGGCUCAAAUGCAUGCACCAUAUUUUACAGA